AUGGACAUCAAGGAUGCAGCAUUCUUAGCCAUUGUUGACUCUGCAAAAAACAUUUUGCUUUCAUACAGCUGCGAAGAGUUCGAUAGACAUGGACUAUUGUCGUCUUUGGGCGAGGAGAACGGGCAGGUUUUCAUAUUUAAGGAUCACACGGUCUUUGUUUCCAGAAUAAAUGAUAUCUCAGUUCUUUUGGUAACAUUUCCUGAAUCGAAUGAAAUAUUUGUGUCAAAAGCAUUUGAAGCAUUGGUAAAUAGCUUGUCCAGAGUAAUUAAGAACUGGUGCAUAGAACGAAUUGCUGAAAAAUACGAUCAGCUCCAACUCAUCUUCCACGAGUUUGUGUUCAAAGGAAUCAUUCUUGUUGACGAAGAAGAUGAACUAAGCUCAAGAAUAAUGAAAAGAACCUUUGAAAACAUGAAUGCAAUUAAGGUCAAUAAAGGAUUUGCCUCUCUCCUGAACAAGGCUACCAAGUCAUUGAGAAAAUAA